AUGGAUCAGGUGUUGAGGGGCAAGGUGUUCAAUGCCCAGCCGGCCGCCGUCAGGCUGGGCGGAAACAACAUGAGGUCCGCGGCCCGUCUGCGGCCCGGCAGCGCUGAGGGGGAGCCGCUGCCCUCCUCUCUGGUCCUCCUGCUGAGGAGCUCCAGCAUCUCGUCUGUGGACGACCUGAAGAUGCUGCUGCAGCAGGAGGGAGGAGCUACGGAAGAUGAUGAUGAAGAUGAAGAUGAAGCAGCAGGCGGGCCUCUGCUGGUGAACCAGACCCACAGCCGCUCCACCAGGAGUGUCGCGGCGGUGCAGCCGGCGCAGCAGGCGGUGUGUAAGCUGCGGACGGAGGUGAUGGAGGUGACGAGGUCCAUGCUGGACCGCCGCAACGCCAACUUCCUGCUGUGGCCGCCGUGCGUGGAGGUGCAGCGCUGCUCCGGCUGCUGCAACACGCGCGCCCGGCAGUGCGUCGCCGCCGCCGCCGCCACACGCCGGCUCACGGUGAUAAAGAUCCAGUACAGCAACAAGAGACCGCACUACGCCCACGCCACCAUCACCGUGGAGGACCACGUCAGCUGCCGGUGCCAGCUCUCCUCCUCCUCCUCCUCCUCCUCCAUCAUCAUCCAGAGGAACCCCGUUCCGCCUCCCCCGUCCUCCCCCCGGGCCCCCCCCUCGGCUCACGCCUCCAAGGCCGACCUCCACCGGCACGACGACCUGAAGCACAACCAGCAGCACGGCGGCGGCGGCGGCGAUCGUUAG